GGGACGCAGAGACACAAAAGGCUUGUUGUGCAACUAAUUGAGGGCUUAACUGUUGCGGCGGCUAAAUGCGCAUUAACUGUUGCGGUUUGCGCGGUUACGUUCAUUAAGACAUUCCUGCGCGGAUUGGGGCGGCGGUGGGUGUGAGGGCUUUACAUAAUAAAGUGCAUGCUUUUCACGUGAAAUGCCCCUUUAAAAGCGGUCUCCCUCAGCCACGCCGAGGCACACCGUAAACGAUCGGGUCGGGAGGAAGAGAAAAGUCUGUGACGGCUGCACUUUGUUUGCAUCAAUUGGACUUCAGGAUGGUCUCGUCGUACCCCUUACCCGACGGCUUCACCGACUUCGAUGUGUUCUCGUUGGGAUCGUGUCUGCUGGUGGAGGGUCUGCUGGGCAUCCUCUUAAACGCGGUGACCAUCGCCGCUUUCCUCAAAGUGAGAGAGCUGAGGACCCCCAGCAAUUUCCUAGUGUUCAGUUUAGCGGUUGCUGACAUCGGCAUCUCUAUGAACGCCACCAUCGCUGCCUUCUCCAGCUUCCUGAGGUACUGGCCUUAUGGCUCUGACGGAUGCCAGACUCAUGGUUUCCAGGGAUUCGUGACAGCUCUCGCCAGCAUCCACUUCAUAGCUGCCAUCGCCUGGGACAGAUACCACCAGUACUGCACCAGGACAAAGCUGCAGUGGAGCAGCGCCAUCACCCUGGCUGUAUUCGUCUGGCUCUUCACUGCCUUUUGGUCGGCCAUGCCCCUCAUCGGCUGGGGAGAGUACGACUACGAGCCCCUCAGGACCUGCUGCACUCUGGACUACACCAAGGGAGACAGAAACUAUGUGUCCUACUUGAUCCCCAUGGCCAUCUUCAACAUGGCCAUCCAGGUGUUUGUUGUCAUGUCCUCUUACCAGUCCAUUGCGCAGAAAUUCAAGAAGACUGGAAACCCAAGGUUCAACCCCAACACUCCUCUUAAGGCUAUGCUGUUCUGCUGGGGACCUUAUGGCAUCCUGGCUUUCUACGCCGCCGUGGAGAACGCCACCCUUGUCUCACCCAAGCUCAGGAUGAUGGCUCCCAUAUUGGCAAAGACCUCUCCCACCUUCAAUGUCUUCCUCUAUGCUUUGGGAAACGAGAACUACAGAGGAGGCAUCUGGCAGCUCCUCACUGGGGAGAAGAUUGAUGUGCCUCAAAUUGAGAACAAGUCUAAAUAAACUGGGAAUUCAAUAAUUACCAACA